AUGCGCGCCGCGGCCACGCCCCCCGGCGGAAGUGACGACACCGGAAGCUGGGAGGCGGGUCCGGGCUGCGGAGGGGGCGUUGUCGGGAUGCUUCCGCAGCCCCGGGAGCCCCGCGAGCGGCUCUGCGGGCGGCGCGGCGGGUCUGAAUGCCCGAGCAUGGACCCGGUGGCCACGCACAGCUGCCACCUCCUGCAGCAGCUGCACGAGCAGCGCAUCCAAGGCCUGCUCUGCGACUGCAUGCUGGUGGUGAACGGCGUCUGCUUCAAAGCACACAAGAAUGUCCUCGCAGCCUUCAGCCAGUACUUCAGGAGCCUCUUCCAGAAUUCUCCCGGCCAGAAGAACGACGUUUUCCACUUGGACGUUAAGAAUGUAAGCGGCAUCGGGCAGAUCCUGGACUUCAUGUACACGUCUCACCUGGACCUGAACCCGGACAAUGUGCAGCUGAUGCUGGACACGGCGCAGUGCCUGCAGGUCCAGAACGUCCUCAGUCUGUGCCACACGUUCCUAAAGGCAGCCCCUGCGGAGCAGCCCCCCGGCGUGCCCUGUAGCGGCGCGCUCUCCCUGCAGGGCGCUCUGGCCCCGGACACCAGCUGUGCUCUCAGCGAAAGCUGCUCUCCUCCCUCCCUGCCGGCCUGUGCGGCAGACGGCCAGCACGGUAAGGCCUCGGACGAGCCGCACUCGCAGGCGCCGCCGGCCAGUCACCUUCAUCCCCCUGCAGGCGAAGCAUCAAAACUAGGCCCUGACACUUUAGACGGCAGCUGCACAGAACUGCCGCUCAAGCAGCCAAAUUACUACUACAAACUCAGAAACCUGUACAGCAAGCAGUACUAUAAACACGCCGCUUGUCCCAGCCACGAGAGAAUCGCCGAGCAGCCUUUCACUGUCAGCCCCUCCACAGGCCCGGCUGCCGUGGAGAACCAGCCGUGUGCUGUCAGCCAUUCCGAAUGCGCCCUGCAGUCCGCGGAGCCCCUGCCUCCCAGCUUCCCCGCCCAGCCCCUGGGGGAGCCUGCCCCGGACCCCAAGUCAGACAGCCCGUGCCAGCCACCCCCCAGACAGAUGAGGCUCAAAAAGGCCGUUCACCUCAAGAAGCUCAAUUUCCUGAAGUCACAGAAAUCUGCAGAGCAGAUGGCUGAGCCCACGGCGGAUGAGGGUCUAACCCAGAGGACUGGCCCUGCUGGUGACACCACAGAGAAAGCCGGCAGUCAGAGCGCCGGGGAGAAGGGACAGGAAGAGCCCGGCAGUGCCGACAGCUUUCCCUGCAUCGUCAAAACGGAGCGGCCUGAAGACCUGGAGGCUGCCGAGGACCCGUCCCAGAUGCCGCAGUCCCCGUGGCAGUACGCGUGUGACCUGUGUGGGAAGCCUUUCAAACACCCGAGCAACCUGGAGCUUCACAAACGGUCCCAUACAGGUGAGAAACCUUUUGAAUGUAACAUUUGUGGGAAACAUUUCUCUCAGGCAGGUAACUUGCAGACUCACUUGCGUCGGCAUUCUGGUGAAAAACCCUACAUCUGCGAAGUCUGUGGCAAGAGGUUCGCAGCCUCUGGGGAUGUCCAGCGUCACAUCGUCAUUCACUCGGGCGAGAAGCCGCACCUGUGUGACACCUGUGGCCGAGGCUUCAGUAACUUCAGCAACCUGAAGGAGCACAAGAAGACACACACGGCGGACAAAGUGUUCACCUGUGACGAGUGCGGGAAGUCCUUCAACAUGCAGAGGAAGCUGGUGAGGCACCGGGUCCGGCACACAGGGGAGCGGCCCUACAGCUGCACGGCCUGCGGGAAGAGUUUUGGGGGGUCCGGGGACCUCCGCAGGCACGUCCGCACGCACACCGGGGAGAAGCCGUACACGUGUGAGAUCUGUGACAAGUGCUUCACCCGCUCGGCCGUGCUGCGUCGGCACCGGCGGAUGCACUGCCGCGCGGACGACGGGGGCCCGGACGCGCUGCGGGAGCUCGCCCACGCCAUCCGGGCCCCCAGCCUGGACAGGGCCCCCGGCUCCGACGCCUUCCCCCAGGACGUGUCUGUGACUCUGCUGCCCGUGUCCGUGAAGCUCCCCGUCCCCCCGGGGGACGAGCCCGAGACAGACCUGGACGGCCACUCUGCCGGCUCCUGCUGUAAGUUCCGGGCCACGCCCCAGCCACGGGGGGCCGGCCACCCGGAGAAGCCCGCCGCGGAUCCUGGCAAACUCGCCAAGGCCCCUGGGCAGCUCUCACAGCCUCAGGCCUUCGCUUUCUCGGCCGCCGACGCCUCCACCGGCGACGGGCCGCUGCCCACGGACAGCACGGCCACCGCCCGCCCCUCUCUGGCCACGCUGGACAACCACUGCGGCGGCCCCCCGGGCGGCCGGGCGGCGGGCGCGGGGCACAGGAGCGCGGACGGGCCCUUCUCCGGCAUGGCCCUGUGGGUGGCCAUGAAGACGCUGCAGAACGAGGGCGAGCUGGACCGGUGACGCCGCGCCUCUGCCAGCGCCAGCCAUGCUGGUGCCGGGCGCCGAGCCCGGUGAUGCCAACGCUGCAUGCUGCUCCGCCGCGGACGCUGUGUCCAGGAGGCAGCGUCCCCUGCGCGCCCUCUCACCGCCGGACACGGGGCUCAGGUCCUUCCUGAUUGGCCGGUAAAUGGAAGCCGCCGGAGCACCCUGGCUCACUGUGGGAGCAGACACUACAGUGGGAGCUGGGGAGCCGUCCACCGACUCAUGGCAUGAUGGCGUGUGGACUUCGGGGCAAAUACUAUACAUUGUGGUCAUGCUAAAGGGGAAAUAUAUAUAUAUAUAUAUAUAUCUAUAUCUCCACACACAUACACACACAUAUAUGUAAAAUACAAAUAUUUUUACGUGACUGAAAUAGCAUUUUCUAUUUACAGAUUUUAUUUGUAUAUGAAAGUCAUACUGUGAUUUAAUUUGAAUAAAUGAAACUUGCCUUGCUAUCUAA